CUCCAUCAUCCGGCUCCUCCAUCGUCCGGCUGCUGCGUCGCUCGGCUACUCCGUCAUCUGGCUGUUCCAUUGUCCGGCUGCUGCGUCGUUCGGCUACUCCGUCAUCCAGCUGCUCAAGUGUGACUCCGUUCUUGGCUCUCCCUCUUCCCCUCAGCCACUCGCCGAUUCUCGCCUCGAUCUCUGCCCCGCAUCAUGAUGGGUGGAAAAGCCACGUAUUCGCUCGACGAAGUCCAGGAGCACCACACCGCCAAGUCGCUCUGGCUGAUCAUUGACGAUCAAGUCUACGACCUCACCGAGUUCCUCUUCGAUCACCCCGGCGGUGAGGAGUACCUCUUGCAGUAUGGCGGCCAGGACGUCACCGAGGUCAUGAAAGACAAGAUCCUGCAUCUGCAUUCCGAUGCUGCCUACACCCUCCUGGAGCAGUACCAUAUCGGGUCCGUCGAUCGCAGCCAGACCAAGAAACCUGCCUCCGCCCGUCCCGUCGCCACCCAACAGGCGUCGACACCCCUGCACAUCUCCUCGAAGGAAAAAGUCAAGUUCAUCGACAUCACCAAGCCCAUGCUCACCCAGGUCUGGAACGGCAACUUCUCGAAAGAGCUUUAUGUCCAGCAGGUCCACAUCCCGCGACACUGCUCCGGCUCGGCUCCUCUCUUUGCUUCGCCAUAUCUCGAGAUCUUCUCCAAGACACCUUGGUAUGUCAUCCCCGUCUUCUGGGCACCCGUCAUCCUCUACAACAUCUGGUACUGCUCCUUCAAGUACAGCCCGGUCGAAGUCGCGGCCCUGUUCGCCCUUGGCCUCUUCCUGUGGACCUUCAUCGAGUACUCGCUCCACCGCUUCAUCUUCCACAUCGACGAGCUCCUCCCCGACAACCGCGUUGCCAUCACCCUCCACUUUCUGCUCCACGGCAUCCACCACUACCUUCCCAUGGACAGACUUCGGCUCGUGAUGCCGCCUGCGCUCGGCCUGGCGCUCUCUCUUCCCAUCUGGUAUCUGUACCAUGUCGUGCUCACGCCUUACAUUGGCGCCGGUGCCAUCGCAGGCUCCUACACUGGAUUUGUGCUCUACGAUAUGAUGCACUACUAUCUCCAUCACGGCAAGCCUUAUGGCGACUACCUCAAGGAGAUGAAGAGUUACCACUUGGACCACCACUACAAGAACGCUCACCUCGGCUUUGGCAUUUCUUCCAAGCUCUGGGACAUUGUGUUCAACACCCUUUUGGUCUGAAGAUGCGGUCGACAGCAUAUUUCUAUUCGCACUUGCCUUAUAUUCAUGAAAUAGAACGGGAAACCCUCCACUCUAGGCGGUGCCCCAUGGCUUCAUUUAAUCGUGGCCGUUACUGGGACCAAUGAGUGUAGUUUGCUGCCCCCCCCCACCCAGUCUGCUGCUGCAAUUUGAGGCUUGGGCACGGAUUUUGGCUUGGGCGCAUUGAAGCAACAACAGUGCGCUUGAGCGACGGCAUGGGCUGGAAAGUAGAGCAACAAGCACCGGGGUUCCUAAGAACGGACAUGAAGUCUAACCUCGAUGAUGCCAGCAAGGGCUUGUUUUUGUUGUAUUUGGCGUUCAAUA